AUGGAGAUGCCGACGGGGUCUGCGCAGGCAGGUGGCCGCUUCCCUGUGCCGCACAAGUCCCUCUCCUUGGAUAUCAAGGGCAACAAGACUGACAUUGUUAUCAGCAAAUACGAAGAUAACUUUCUGGUCAUUGUGACACAGAUUGGCUGCAUGGGAACCAUAUUAGCUGCUAAGAAAGAUGAAAGUGUUUUCUCUGAUCCAACCUACAAUGUAUCUGUUCUUUUUGGGAAGAGGGAUGAGCCACUCCUGCUAGCUUGUGCACGCCAACUUAUCGAGCAUAUAAGUGGUAGUGGCUCAGCUCGGCCGUUGGUGAUCUCUCUUGGUUUGAAGGAUCAUUCCCAGGGAACAUUGAAAGAUGUAGUUUCUGCCAUUGUUGACAACCCCCUAUGGUGAUAACUUUGCAAAGGUUGGGAUGGGCAUAUACAUGUUCGGUUCAUCUACAGAGAUAUUGACAUACACAAGCUGUCAGAGCAAAAUCAGCCCUUGUUUAUCAUGAUGCAUGAAUAUCUCUAGAAAUUAUGUAAUUACUCCCUCCGUAAAGAAAUAUAAGAGCGUUUUAGUGAUCUAAACGCUCUUAUAUUUCUUUACGGAGAGGGAGUAUAAUUUAUUCCAGAUUCAGUUAUCAUGAGGUGAUUUCCCCACUAAAAUGCGUAAUGAUCAAUAUAUUUCCCUAAUGUAGCUUAGGGGUUGCUA